GCCGCUGUCCGGGCGGGGGAAACGGUCCUCCCCGGGCCAGCCCCCGCCCUCUGCGCUCGGGCGCACGCCGCCCUCCCUGACGCAUUUUGCCGCACAAGCUGUAAUAUGGCGGCAGCGGCGGCGGCCUGAACUCUAGGGAGCCCGGGUGCUUUCCGAUGCUUCCCGAUCGGCUGAACCAGUCGGCAUUCCCACCAGCAGUGAAGGAGAGUCCCUUUCUCCCCACAUCCACGCCAACACCAGUUGUAAAGACCUUCUUAUAGUACAGUUAGAGGUCUGGUUGCCUGAAACUGUAUUUUACUCAUAGACUGGAAAUUUUGGAGUCAUGGGAAUAAAAGUGCAGCGUCCUCGCUGUUUUUUUGACAUCGCCAUUAAUAAUCAACCUGCUGGAAGAGUUGUCUUUGAAUUAUUUUCUGAUGUGUGUCCCAAAACAUGCGAGAACUUUCGUUGUCUCUGUACAGGUGAAAAGGGGACAGGAAAAUCAACUCAGAAACCAUUGCAUUAUAAAAGUUGUCUCUUUCACAGAGUUGUUAAGGAUUUUAUGGUUCAAGGUGGUGACUUCAGUGAAGGAAAUGGAAGAGGAGGGGAAUCUAUUUAUGGAGGAUUUUUUGAAGAUGAGAGUUUUGCUGUUAAACACAACAAAGAAUUUCUCUUGUCAAUGGCCAACAGAGGGAAGGAUACAAAUGGCUCACAGUUCUUCAUAACAACGAAACCAACUCCUCAUUUAGAUGGGCAUCAUGUUGUUUUUGGACAAGUGAUUUCUGGUCAAGAAGUUGUAAGAGAGAUUGAAAAUCAGAAAACAGAUGCAGCUAGCAAACCAUUUGCUGAGGUACGGAUACUCAGUUGUGGAGAGCUAAUUCCCAAAUCUAAAGCAAAGAAAGAAGAAAAAAAAAGGCAUAAGUCAUCAUCAUCAUCGUCAUCAUCGUCCAGUGACUCAGAUAGCUCAAGCGAUUCCCAGUCUUCUUCAGAUUCUUCUGACUCUGAAAGUGCUUCUGAAGAGAAAUCAAAGAAGAGGAAAAAGAAACACAGGAAAAAUUCCCGAAAACACAAGAAAGAAAAGAAGAAGCGAAAGAAAAGCAAGAAAAGUGCAUCUAGUGAAAGUGAGGCUGAAAAUACUGAAGCACAGCCACAGUCUACUGUUCGUCCAGAAGAGAUUCCCCCUAUACCUGAAAAUAGAUUCCUAAUGAGAAAAAGUCCUCCUAAAGCUGAUGAAAAAGAAAGAAAAACCCGGGAAAGAGAGAGAGAGAGAGAGUGUAAUCCACCUAACUCCCAGCCUGCUUCAUACCAGAGACGACUUUUAGUUACAAGGUCUGGUAGGAAAAUUAAAGGAAGAGGACCAAGGCGUUACAGAACUCCUUCCAGAUCCAGAUCAAGGGAUCGUUUCAGACGAAGUGAAACUCCUCCACAUUGGAGGCAAGAAAUGCAGAGAGCUCAAAGAAUGAGGGUAUCAAGUGGUGAAAGAUGGAUCAAAGGGGAUAAGAGUGAGUUAAAUGAAGUAAAAGAAAAUCAAAGAAGCCCAGUUAGAGUAAAAGAGAAAAAAAUGACUGAUCACAGACAGGUGUCUGAGAGCCCAAACAGAAAAAGUGAAAAGGAAAAGAAAGUCAAAGAUCAUAAAUCUAACAGCAAAGAGAGAGACAUCAGAAGAAAUUCAGAAAAAGAUGAUAAAUAUACUAAAAACAAGGUGAAAAAAAGAGCCAAAUCUAAAAGUAGAAGUAAGAGCAAAGAGAAAUCAAAGAGUAAGGAAAAAGAUACAAAGCAUAAUAGACAUGAAGAAAAGAGAAUGAGGUCAAGGAGUAAAGAAAGGGAUCAUGAGAACAUUAAAGAAAAAGAAAAGUCUGAUUCUAAAGGAAAAGAGCAGGAAAGGAGUAGAAGUAAAGAGAAGUCUAAACAGUUAGAAUCAAAAAGUAAUGAGCAUGAUCAUAGCAAAAGUAAGGAAAAGGAUAGACGCGCCCAUUCUAGGAGUAGAGAACGUGAUUUAACUAAAAGCAAACACAGUUAUAAUAGUAGAACAAGAGAACGAAGUCGAAGUAGGGACAGGAGCAGAAGAGUGCGAUCUAGAAGCCAUGACCGAGAUCGCAGCAGGAGUAAGGAAUACCAUAGAUACAGAGAGCAGGAGUACAGACGAAGAGGAAGGUCAAGGAGUCGUGAAAGAAGAGCAACAUCAGGAAGAUCUAGAAGUAAAGAUAGAAGGAGAAGGAGAAGAGAUUCACGGAGUUCAGAGAGAGAAGAAAGUCAAAGCAGAAAUAAAGAAAGAUACAGAAACCAAGAAAGUAAGAGUUCACACAGAAGAGAAAAUUCUGAAGGUGAGAAAAGAACGUACUCUAAAAAUCGUGAUCACAAUAGCUCAAACAAUAACAGGGGGAAAAAAAGUGAUAGAGAUCAAAGUCCAUUCUCAAAAACAAAACAAAGUCAGGACAAUGAAUUAAAGUUCUCCACAUUGAAAAAUAUAGAGGAUGAGAAGACCAGAUCCUCAGUGGAAAAAGAAAACCAAAAAUCAAAGGGUCAAGAAAAUGACCAAGUGCAGGAUAAAAAUAAAAAAUCUGAUCAUGAAUCAAGCCCUGGAACAGAUGAAGACAAAAGUGGAUGAGUGAGUUGUGUAAACUUAUUUCCUUUCUGUCUCAAAUGUUAAGUUUUAAGAGACUUGCUGAUGAAUCUCUUUUAUGUUGUUUUCUUCUUCAUUGUUUUGGGGUUGUUUCGUGUUUUGUCUUUUUUCUUCUUUUUUUUUUUAAAUGUGGACUUUAUUGAGUUGAUCUUUUGAUAAUCUGCAACCUGGAUAAUUUGUACUGCUAAAGUUUUAAUAAACUUGAAAUGAGAAAAACACUUUGGUGUAAUAUUGUGUGCUGUGUUUAACUAUUUUAUGUAUGCAUUUUUGUGUUGCAACAAUCAGCCAGUAGCAAACCCUGCUCUCGAGCACCCCAAUUUCUGUGGUCAGCCAAAUGGAAACGGGAAUAUCUGAUUGUUGGAAUACACUGUUACAGAAGCUUGUGUUUCUCAUGAUUAAAGUAACUUUAGAACCAAAUAGGUAGAAGUCUUGCGUAGAUUUUCUGAUCGCAUUAUAACAGAAGCUUGCAGCAGCAGCUUUUAAUUACACAGAAGUGGGAUUCCAAUAACUUGAGAUCUUAGUCACUUUUUAUAGUAAUUUGUGCUUUAAAAUGAAGAGUUAUCUUAUUAUCUUCCAUCCAUAACUUGUAUCAUAUUAUUACUUUUUCUAUCCAGAUACAUUUUACUUAGCUGUUGAUAAAAAUAGUUGCAUUUUUGGGGUUUUUUUUGUUUGUUUGUUUGUUUCAAGGUUAUCUUUCAGUUGAUGUACUGAUUGAGCUUGACUUGCUGUUAUACAGCGUUGAUGUUACACAUUAUACAACAUUGACAAGAACUAUUCCUUGGGAGAUCACAUUGUAAUUCUUUGUUGCUCUUGGGAGAGGUGAUGUUUUUGAGUGGGGGAACACUUGUAUUAUUAUUGACUUUCUCUAAAAAAAUUUUUAAGGCCUUACUAAAACCACUUGUGCUGGUCCUUAAAUUAGAUGGGUUCUAAAAGUUGUUACUAUCAACUCAUUCACUUUUGGGUUUUUCUUUUGUUUUAUUUUUUUGGGUUUUUUUUGUUGUUGUUUGUUGGCUAUUGACCUAUAGAGAUUUGAGUGUUCAAUGCACGGGUAUUUUUUUUCAAAAAAAUUUUUUUAAACUUUGAACUGUCUAACUCAUAGCUGUGAGUUUCAAAUGGCAAGUAAACGCAUCUUUUAUAUAUAUGUAUCACGGUAGCAAUGGCAUGUUGAUGACUUUUUUUCAGGUAGCUUUAUACCAUUACUCUAAUAUUAUUUGAACUUGGCCUGUAUUAACUUUGCCACAGAGUAGAAAGUUGCAAAAUUUGAUAGCUUACAGAAUUAAACACUAAGGAUAUGGACACAUUUAGAAUUUUGUGUGUUGUAUGUUUGUGAUGUGGCCUUUUCUGUAAUUUUCUGACCCCAGUAAAAUAUUAAGCAUCCAGCAAACACAAAACCUACCUAAUUUGAAAAGAAAUGUCAGAAUUACAAUUAAUAAUAGUUGUCUUCAGAGUCUUUUGUAUAUUCGUGUUUGUCAUCAUAGCCUCAACUCUGUUACCAAGGUAGUGUCUAAGCUACCAGCAGCUACUUAAUGCUUCUUGCUGAGCAAAGCAAUGUUUGACAUAAUACUUUGCAUUAUUGAUUAAUACAAUAAUGAUUUGGCAUUGUAUUCAAUUAUAGAAUGAGCAGGAUAGAAGAUGAAAUUAGAAUGUCUUGAACAGUAUCCACAGUGGAGUCUUUCUAAUUUUUAUCCUGAUGAUAUCAGUAAAAGAUAACCAUCCAUUGUGACUGAUGAGUUCUGGCUACAAACCCACCUUUUCGGUCUUGAGUGCCCAAACUAUAUAAUCCUCAAACUAAUUAUUUUAAACUUAGUGAAUUGCAUAUUUAAAAUCUUUAAUAUGUAAAUCUAUUGAACUUCAAGAAAGGUGCUAUUUAAGAAAGGAUUUGUAGCAAUUAUAUUUUAAAAAUCUAAAAACCAUGUUAAAUAAAAAUACUUUAUUGUCUGAUUCCAGAGCUUUAUCUACUAAGGAUUAUAGAUAAGCAACCACAGUGUUUUCUUGAGGGGGAGGCAUUAGGGGUAUUAGUAACUUUUGUAAGUAGUAUUUUACUGUUUGGGCUAUCAAAAUAGCAAGUCUCUAUUAAGCAUUAUAGUCUUAAAUAAAACUUUUUAUAGUAGGACAGAUGUAAUGAAGUUGAGGUGAUAGAUGACAAUCAACUAGGUUUUCAGAAUAUAAGAACAUUUCAAAAAAGAUUAAGCAGCAUUAAUUUGUACCUCAGAACUGCCUUUACAUCUGAAUAGCACAUGGUUCAAAAAGUCCUUUUACUACAUUUCAAAUAGUAGUGCCAUCCUUAGUUUUUAUUUGAACAUGACUGUUUUCCUAAAAGCCCACUAUUUCUUUUCUGUAAAAAUGGUAUUAUAUAUAUAGGUUUUAUAUAUAUAAUUGGUAUUUAUAUAUAAUGCCAUUAUAUAUAUAUAUAAUGUUAUGUCUGAGAUUAAAGUUUACUUCAGAGUAUCUUUACCCAACGACCUUUUAGAGUUACUUAAGUUGGUUUUUAUUGCUUGAUGAGCAUUAAUCUAAGAAUAUUUUUAUGAUCAUUUCAAAUUAAUUUUUCUGGGUAAACCAUCUGCCAUAGAAAUGAACUCUACAGACAGACUGGAGAGAAAGUAUAAGUAAGGCUCUUGUCUUGCUUGUGACCCGUCCGGAUUCAGUUCUCCCUGAGCACCACUGGUAUGGCCCAAACCAAAAAAAGAAAAAGAAAAAAGAAAUGAACUCUACACAGAGAUUAAUGUAGUACAGCUUAGAGGGCUGCAUGAAAACAUUUUUUACUCUACAGUUACUAAGUUCAUAGAACAAUGCUGUUUCUAUGUUCACUAAUCACACGUGUCAAAUAAUUUUACUGCUAAUUCUGUCUUUGCACAAGUAUGAUAUUGAUUCUUACAGACUUUGCUGAAUUACCUUUGAUUCUUGUACCCACUAGAAUUAAAAAUUUCUAAAGUUAUAUUAUGGACAGAAACACAUUGAAUUUCUGGUAUAUUGAGUAUAGUAUUAACUCAAUUUUAAUUUGCUUUCAAGUUAGCGUUUGGGACAGAUAAGUAUUUUUUUAGUAGUUUAUUGUUUCAGUCUACGGUAAUUUAGUCCCAUUUUGAACCUUCUGUAGUAGAUUUCUGUAGAAACUUGUUCCCUUUACAUUCAUCAGAAAAUAAAUAUAUUUCAUAUAGUUAAUUAUUAUAAAGAAACAAAAUUGGCAAUUUUCUGUCUCCUUUUGGUCGUGUGUAUUAUAACUUCAUUUUAGCAGUCAUACAUUUGCGGUUGAAUAUACUUUCUAAGGGUUGUAGGUUUAUAAUCUGCUUAAUGUCAAAAGAUGUGUCUUGUUAGAAAAUUGACUUAAAAAAUAAACUCAAGGAAACAGCAUUAACAAAAACUUGCCCAUAGUAAGGCUAUUCUACCUGUAAAGGAUUCUGGCAAAUGCCAGCUGGCCUGUGGAGUGACGCAAGUAAAUCUAAAGGGAAAAAGGAAAAAUCAGCUAGAAAUUCAUCAGCAGGGUUGGAGAAGAGAGUUGAUUGUGGUUUUUAUUUAGGUACAAGCAGGAGUGGUGGCUUUGCAUUGUGUUUUUGCAAUUUUAUUUCAAUGCAAAUUGAUAUGUUCCUAAAAGCACAUGCUGUAUAUUUUGUUCCCCUCUUGUGUGUUUAUAGUUCUUGGAAGGAUUGAUAAGUGUAUUGGGUAUUUGUGUGUGGGAACUUUAAAGGUGGCUGCUCUCUUUCUGGAAGGGAAAAACAAAUGAAGUUAAUGCACUUCUUUUCCUAGAUCUAAAGUCACUGUGAUGUAUAUUUUUUUAAUGAAAUUUAGGAAUAAAGCUGUUGUAAUUGUAUAAUUAGUUUAAAAAUGCUGCUUCUCUUACCAUCAGUCUAGUAACUGUUAAACUUUUCUGCAAACUGCAUUUUACAGAACUUAAGCCUCAAAUCUGUAUCAACUUUUAUAUAGUUAAUAUUGUUUUAAAUAAACUACACUAUAAUAAACAAUUUGUUUUGUAUUUUUUAAAUAUUGUUUUUUCAACCUUCAUUUUUACUAAAGGCUAAAUUAUGAAUAUAAACUAAAAUAUACUUUUAUCCAUGGAGACAGAAUUAUUUAUAUUAGAAUAAAACUAAUUUAGCAAUACUGGGCUUCUUUAAGAAUCUAACGAGCAGUAAUAUUUCCAGAAGGCUUGAAAAUAAGUUCUAGUGUAAAUGUUUAGACAUAGUGCUUUCAAUUGAAAUGACUCUUUGCUGAGCAGACUUUUACAAUUACACUUGGAAUUUACGUUAACAUAUAUUGGAAUGCUGUUUGCUUUUUAAUUCCUCCAAAUUUUGAAUUUUUGGGAAGACUUCUUGUGCCUGCCGAUUUUAAUCUGACGUAUCAUUGUAAAGCCAUAUGAGUAGCAACUGACUUUGUAAAACUGUCUAGUUUUGGGGAGUCAUGUUUGAUUUUAAAUUAAUUUUGCUUUUAACUUAGACACAUUUAGGGGACAGUGAACCUACUUGAAAGUUAAUCACUAAACAUAGAUGCUUAGGUAAGAACCAUUCUGACCAUUCAGUAGUUUGUAUGUAUUAACAGGUGAAUAUUAACUCAGUUUCUGCAGUGUUCUUAAAUGCCAGGAGAAUGUAAAAUGUGCAAAAAUGGACUGUGUGAAUUGUGUAUUAAAAUACUUUCAGUAUCA